AUGCCAGUUGGUCCAGUAGACGACAAAGGCACAGCACUUUAUUACGAGGACUCUGGCGUGCCAGGAGCAUCCACUACAUACGCGACAAUCUUCCUCGUGCACGGAACUAUGUUCCAUAGUGGAAUAUUUCGGCCUAUGGUCCCAUACGCAGCCGUCCAUAACCUUCGCCUUGUCCUUGUCAAUCUUCGUGAUUACCCUGGCUCGUCGCCGUAUUCACCUACCGAGCGCGAAUUGCUCGCUGGACCAGGUCGCGAAGCGCAGGCAGCAGCAAUACAGAACCGUGGCCUUGAGCUCGCCGCCUUCAUUACCUGGUUCAUCGAGCAGGAGCAGAUACCACCCACUUCGCGUUCAGCCGCCGAGGCUGCUGACACCACGGGAGGCUUCGCACUUCUCGGAUGGUCCUCGGCAAAUUGUCAGACCAUUCCUGUGAUUGCCCAUGCAGACAAAAUGCCAGAAAAGACGCGGAAGCUAUUCAAUGCUUACUUCCGCGCCUACUUUUUUCACGAUUCGUCCUUGACGGGUAUUGGUGAAGCAGCGCCACAGGACAUGUAUGGUAUCUUUCGUGAUGCCAGACUCACUUACGAGGAGAAAGUUGCUGGCUUCCCGGCGUGGGUGUCAUCCUACUUCACGCGAGUCGAUCUGGAACCUGAAACACCUGCCUUCUUAUCGACCCUGACUUCACGCAAGGCGGUCCACGAAGACACCGAUGACGCUCGUUGGACACCGUCUGUGCUCCGAAUGUCGGAUGACGUCUUCGCUGCUGUUGCAGAUCCCAGCGUCAUGCUACGGUCGCAAGUACUGAUUCAGAAUGUGGAUGUCACAGUCUAUGGAGAGAAUUUGCGCCGCGCACUGUCCCGCUGCUACAUUGAUGGCGAUAACGGUCGGGAGGAAAUAUGGCCCUCGCUGAAGCUCCGGGCGCUCUGGUGUGACAUGAGUGUCGGAGAGGAAUUGUUAGCGGCCUCAAAGAUCAUGGGUAUUCUUGAUGGAAUUUCACCUGCGGGCAGAAACCUGGAGUUUGUUAGAGUGGAGAACGCUAAUCAUUUUGUUCAUUGGGAUCAGCCCGAGACGUUCGUCAGACUUCUUGCGAACGAGAUAUGA